GUCCACUACAUGCGUGCUAUUGUUGGCCUUGACGGCAAGUGUUAGUUCCAUCCGAUGGGGUGGAGGAGGAAGAGGGUACAACGGAUACCCCGGCAUGGGACGUCAGUUCCGUGGUACGUACCGCCCCUACUAUGGCGGAAAGGCGAUGGGCGGUAUGACUCCCUAUCGUAGGGACGAAAUAUACGAUAUGGGUAGCUAUGGGGCUAGUGCACCACAAUUUAUGUUACAACCGACGGAACAAAUGGGACCUGGACCUCAGGCUGGGCCGCCCGAUCUUCAAAUGAUGCCUCCACCACAAGGCUUUCCUAUGCAGCCUGGUCCACAGGAACAAAUGGAACCACCGCCAGACGCAUUUCAGAUGCAGCCAGGUCUACAACCACUUCCAAUGCAGCCAACACCCGAGGUUUAUCAAACGCAGCCUCCAGCAGUGCCUCUUCAGAUGCAGUCCGGUUUUCAGCCAGUCCAGAUGCAGCCCGGUUUUCAACCAGUCCAGAUGCAGCCCGGUUUUCAACCAGUCCAGAUGCAGCCCGGUCUUCAACCAGUCCAGAUGCAGCCAGCACCUCAGACACUUCAAUUACAGCCUGCCCCACAGGCAAUGCAGAUGGUACCAGCCCCACAAGCUGCUCAAAUGCAGCCUGCCCCCCCACACGCAUUUCAGCAGUUAGUACCGCAACUUCAGCAAGCACCGCAAAUGCAGCUAGCACCACAAGCUACUCAAAUGCAGCCUGCCCCACACGCAGUUCAGAUGGUGCCAGUUCCACAAACAGUUCAGAUGGUGCCAAUGCCACAGAUGGUUCCACAAUCGUUUCAAAUGCAGCCUGCCCCUCAGGUACCUCAAAUGCAACCAGUGCCACAAGCACCUCAAAUGCAUACUGCUCCACAAGCAAUGCAGAUGAUACCAAUGUCACAGGGAUACCAGAUGCAGCCAGUGCCCCAGUCGUUUCAGAUGGUACCUGCGCCCCAAACAUCCAGGACGCCUCAGGCAGCUCAGACGCUAUCUGCACCAAUAGGUUUCCCCCAGAAGAAACUACUACCACCAGUGGGAUUGAUAACACAGCUAGGACCAAUGCCUCAGAUGAUCCAAGCCCAGAUGUUCCGAGGUCAUGGAGGUGCUAAAACGAUGUUUCAGCUUUCCCAGUUUCAGCCAAUGAAGGGGCUAAAGGCACAUCCUAAAUAUACACAAUUUCAAAUGGUCGCUCCGGGACCGUAUAUGCCUGCCAUGGUACCAAAACGGACUGUGAUAAAGCCGGUACCAGCUAUUCGAGGUGUUGGCGGUGUUGGUGUUGGUCGUGGUGUUGGUUUCGGUGUUGGCGUCGGUGGUGGUGUUGGUGUCGGUGUCGGUGUUGGCGUGGGUGGUGGUGUCGGUGGUGUUGUUGGCGGCCGUGGUUUUGGUGGUGGUGGCUUUGGCGGUAUUGGCGGACGUGGCUUUGGCGGUAUUGGCGGACGUGGUAUUGGUGGUCGUUUUCAUGCUGCCGUCCCUGCUUCUCAGGCGCCAGUUUCCAGUAUGCCCACAGCUUCUGAAGCAACUGCUCCUGCAGCAGAACAACUGCAACAAAGGUUCCCGACGUAUCAUACUAUGUACCAUCCCAACAGCUAUGGCGUCGUAACGAUAGUGUGAAACAAGAAACUCUGAUCUCGAACUGUGCUAUACCUCAUCACUGGUAAAUGCAAUAUGCAGUGGGAACGGAUCACGGCCUAUGCUGAUAUGGCGUAUAACAAAGAAGUAAUA